GGCGCAAAAUAAUCCCCAUCUAUAAACCGCAAUAAUUCAUAUUUCUCUCCCCUAGUUUGUGAAACCCUAACAUAACAAUUCUUGAGAAAUUUCAACGGAUUAUUUCUUCAAAUUCUCUUUCAGGCUUUAGAUUCCCUUUUCGGCGAAGAUUUGUUUUCAUAGGGAUUGUGCUGAACGAGAUGGCCUCCGUAUCAAGUCAGCCUCAGUUCCGCUACACCCAACCCCCGUCGAAGGUGUUGCAUUUAAGGAACUUGCCGUGGGAGUGUACGGAGGAGGAGUUGAUCGAGCUGGGGAAGCCGUUUGGUAAGGUCGUUAACACCAAGUGCAAUGUUGGAGCCAAUCGAAAUCAAGCUUUCAUCGAAUUCGCUGAUUUGAAUCAGGCUAUUGCUAUGAUAUCGUAUUAUGCUUCAUCUUCGGAGCCUGCUCAAGUUAGGGGCAAAACUGUCUACCUGCAAUAUUCUAACAGGCAAGAGAUUGUAAACAACAAAACAACGGCGGAUAUUGCCGGGAAUGUUCUUUUGGUAACAAUUGAAGGUCAAGAUGCGCGACUUGUUUCCAUUGAUGUUUUGCAUCUGCAGGAUCGUGUCAAGGGAAUUAUCUCCAAUGGCAGCUUAGUGCAUCCGGAGAAAGAGCACAUGUGUGUAUUUUCAGCUUUCGGAUUUGUGCAUAAAAUUACCACCUUUGAGAAGACAGCUGGAUUCCAGGCAUUGGUGCAGUUUUCAGAUGCAGAAACAGCAACGUCCGCAAAAAAUGCCUUGGAUGGACGAAUCAUACCUAGGUAUCUGCUUUCUGACAACAUAGCUCCUUGUGCGCUUAGGAUAACAUAUUCUGCUCAUACAGAUCUGAGUGUGAAAUUUCAGAGCCACAGGAGCAGGGACUAUACCAAUCCCUACCUUCCUGUUGCCCCUUCGGCUAUAGAUGGAAAUAGCCAGUUCAAUUUGGGCCUCGAUGGGAAAAAGCUUGAACCUGAGAGUAAUGUUUUACUUGCAUCUAUCGAGAACAUGCAGUAUGCUGUUACCUUGGAUGUGCUGCACACGGUCUUCUCUGCUUUUGGCCCUAUUCAAAAGAUUGCCAUGUUUGAUAAGAACGGUGCACUGCAGGCCCUAAUUCAGUACCCUGAUGUUCAGACGGCUAUUGUUGCCAAGGAGGCCUUAGAAGGGCACUGCAUAUACGAUGGAGGGUUUUGCAAACUUCAUCUCUCAUAUUCACGUCACACCGAUCUUAGUAUAAAGCUCAACAAUGAUAGGAGCAGAGAUUAUACAGUGUCUAAUCCUGCCCUGGUUAACCCACAGCCUCCAGUUCUGGGGCAACAACCGAUUCAAACAAUGGGUCAAGCUGGGCAUCAAUACAAUGGGACUCAAUAUCCUGCACCAGGUAUGGGGCAACCUAUGAUGCCUCCACAACCUUCAGCCGGAUGGGGAGCAUCAGCUGUUCCAGCAAUGCCCCAAUCGAUGCCGGCACAGAUGACUAAUCAUAAUCCUUACUUUCCACCGGCCUCAAUGCCUCAAAUGAGCCACGGAAUGAUGCAGAUACCGGGCCAGAGUGGCAUACCACCACCAGCUUCGACCAUGCCUCAUUUCAGACCCAAUCAUAUGUAAAAUACCAUCUCUCUAUCGAGUAUCAACAGUAUAAAAAUAGCAGCGUGUCGGCCUCAGCUCGGUGGUUGCUCCCCAUGUUUUGACUUUCUUUAUAAAUUGAACGGAAACAUGGUAUUCGAUUUUA